GAGGAGCCGCGCUCUCUAGGACCCGAGAGGAAGAGCUGCAGCGAGACGGUGCCUCCAGCGGGUGCUGCCGCGAGCGGCCGGCCGAGGGGCUGGAAAUGAAAGUAAAGCGCUCCGGAGCCACAUGGACGGAGCUGCCGGGGCGGCGGCGCCGGGAGCAGGAUGCGGCCGCCCGUAAUUAAAUAGCAUUUACUCUUAUUAUUACUAAUAAUAAUAACGUAAUCAUACCUCUAGUCAUAGCAUACCAUUUAUCGGGCUCGGCGCAGGCCCGCGGGGAGCGCAGCCCGGCCGAGAGACUGAUGGAGAGGCAGAAACGGAAGGCGGACAUCGAGAAGGGACUGCAGUUCAUUCAGUCAACACUACCCCUAAAGCAAGAAGAGUAUGAGGCCUUCCUGCUCAAGCUGGUGCAGAAUCUGUUCGCUGAGGGCAAUGACCUGUUUCGGGAGAAGGACUAUAAGCAGGCCCUGGUGCAGUACAUGGAGGGGCUGAACGUGGCUGACUACGCCGCCUCUGACCAGGUGGCCCUGCCCCAGGAGCUGCUGUGCAAACUGCAUGUCAACAGGGCUGCCUGCUACUUCACCAUGGGCCUGUAUGAGAAAGCACUGGAGGACAGCGAGAAGGCGCUGCUCCUGGACAGCCAGAGCAUCCGGGCGCUGUUCCGCAAGGCGCGUGCCCUCAACGAGCUGGGGCGCCACAAGGAGGCCUACGAGUGCAGCAGCCGGUGCUCCCUGGCCCUGCCACACGAUGAAAGCGUCACUCAGCUGGGUCAGGAGCUGGCUCAGAAGCUCGGGCUGCGAGUACGGAAGGCGUAUAAGAGGCCCCAGGAAUUGGAAACCUUUUCUCUGCUCAGUAAUGGCACUGCAGCUGGCGUGGCAGAUCAGGGAACUUCCAAUGGACUGGGCUCCAUAGAUGACAUUGAAACAGACUGCUACGUGGACCUGCGAGGCUCCCCAGCCCUGCUCCCUUCCCCUCCCACAAUGCCUCUGUUCCCUCACGUGCUGGACCUGCUGGCCCCCCUGGACAGCAGCAGCAGGACCCUCCCCAGCACUGAGAGCCUGGAUGACUUCUCAGAUGGCGAUGUCUUUGGUCCAGAGCUGGACACCCUCCUGGACUCAUUGUCUCUGGUCCAGGGUGGCCUGCCUGGCAGUGGUGUGCCUAGUGAGUUGCCCCAGCUGAUACCCGUGUUCCCUGGUGGGACCCCGCUGCUGCCACCUGUGGUGGGCGGCUCCAUCCCCGUCUCCAGCCCACUGCCCCCUGCCUCCUUUGGCCUCGUCAUGGACCCCUCCAAGAAGCUGGCUGCCUCUGUGCUGGAUGCCCUCGACCCCCCAGGCCCCACGCUGGACCCCCUGGACCUGCUGCCAUACUCAGAGACCCGGCUGGACGCCCUCGACAGCUUCGGGUCUGCCCGAGGCUCCCUGGAAAAGCCCGACUCCUUCAUGGAGGAGAACAACUCACAGGACCACCGCCCCCCAAGCAGUACUCAGAAACCAGCCCCCUCGGCUGGCCGUGGUGGUCCAGCUGUCACUCAGCCCAAGAUGGCCGACCUCCUCCCAUUACAGCCGGAGCCCUCCAUGCCCAACACCGCCUUGCUCAUCAAGAACCCCUUGGCUGCCACCCACGAAUUCAAGCAGGCCUGCCAGCUGUGCUACCCCAAGACAGGCCCCAGGGCAGGCGACUACACCUACCGUGAGGGCCUCGAGCACAAGUGCAAGCGGGACAUCUUACUGGGUCGCCUCCGGAGCUCCGAGGACCAGAGCUGGAAGCGGAUCCGACCUCGGCCCACCAAGACCAGCUUCGUGGGCUCCUACUACCUGUGCAAAGACAUGAUUAACAAGCAGGACUGUAAGUACGGGGAUAACUGCACCUUCGCCUACCAUCAGGAGGAGAUCGACGUGUGGACUGAGGAGCGGAAGGGCACCCUCAACCGCGACCUGCUCUUCGACCCGCUGGGGGGCGUCAAGCGUGGCAGCCUCACCAUCGCUAAGCUCCUCAAGGAGCACCAGGGCAUCUUCACCUUCCUCUGUGAGAUCUGCUUUGACAGUAAACCCCGGAUCAUCAGCAAAGGCACCAAGGAUUCUCCAUCUGUCUGCUCCAACCUGGCUGCCAAGCACAGCUUCUACAACAACAAGUGCCUGGUGCACAUCGUCCGCUCCACCUCCCUCAAGUACUCCAAGAUCCGCCAGUUCCAGGAGCACUUCCAGUUCGACGUGUGCCGCCACGAGGUUCGCUAUGGUUGCCUGCGUGAGGACAGCUGCCACUUUGCCCACAGCUUCAUUGAGCUCAAAGUCUGGCUGCUGCAGCAGUACUCAGGCAUGACCCAUGAGGACAUCGUUCAGGAAUCCAAGAAAUACUGGCAGCAGAUGGAAGCCCAUGCAGGAAAAGCCAGCAGCAGCUUGGGUGCCCCAAGGACACAUGGGCCCAGCACCUUUGACCUGCAGAUGAAGUUUGUGUGUGGCCAGUGCUGGAGGAACGGGCAGGUGGUGGAACCUGACAAGGAGCUCAAGUACUGCAGUGCCAAGGCCCGUCACUGCUGGACCAAGGAACGGCGUGUCCUUCUGGUGAUGUCCAAGGCCAAGAGGAAAUGGGUGUCAGUGAGGCCACUGCCAUCCAUUCGCAACUUCCCACAGCAAUACGAUCUCUGCAUCCACGCGCAGAACGGCCGCAAGUGCCAGUAUGUGGGCAACUGCUCCUUCGCACACAGCCCUGAGGAGAGGGACAUGUGGACGUUCAUGAAGGAGAACAAGAUCCUGGACAUGCAGCAGACCUACGACAUGUGGCUGAAGAAACACAACCCAGGGAAGCCCGGGGAAGGAACCCCAAUCAGCUCUCGGGAAGGAGAAAAGCAGAUCCAGAUGCCCACAGACUAUGCCGACAUCAUGAUGGGCUACCACUGCUGGCUCUGUGGCAAGAAUAGCAACAGCAAGAAGCAGUGGCAGCAGCAUAUACAGUCGGAGAAGCACAAGGAAAAGGUCUUCACCUCGGACAGCGAUGCCAGCGGCUGGGCCUACCGCUUCCCUAUGGGCGAGUUCCGGCUUUGUGACAGGCUCCAGAAGGGCAAGGCCUGCCCAGAUGGGGACAAGUGCCGCUGCGCCCACGGACAGGAAGAGCUCAAUGAGUGGCUGGACCGGCGUGAGGUGCUGAAGCAGAAGUUGGCCAAGGCCCGCAAGGACAUGCUUCUGUGCCCACGGGAUGACGACUUUGGCAAAUACAACUUCCUGCUGCAAGAGGAUGGGGACACUGCUGGUGCCACCCCAGAAGCCCCUGCUGCUGCUGCCAGCACCGUUGGAGAGUAGGGUCAGGUCUUGGCCAUGGGCAAAAUCCUGGGGUCGGGGGUGGGGAAGGGGAAGGAGGACCGGAUGGAAGGGUCAGGUCAGACCAGCUGGGGGUGGGGGGCUACCCUCAUCAGGCACCCCCUGGCCCCCUGGGGUGCCGUCCAUCCUCUCCACCCCCAUCGCCCCAGGUGCACAAGCUGCAGCCUCAAGGGUCCCUGGGUCCUCAUCCUGCUGAAACCUGGGCAGACCCUCCCCACCCCCACGACUCUCCUGGUUGAGGAGGGAGGGGCCUGGCUGACCCCUCCAGCUUCAGCCUACAGCUUUAACUUGUGUCUGCUCCUAAGGGGGUCCAAAGCUCAGGGCUGGGGAGUCUGGGGUCCCCACUUGAAUCUGCAGCAGGAGGGUCCUUCUCCCUCUCCCCCUUCUCCCACCCCCCUUCCUGGGGGCAGAUCAGGACAAGGGCAGGAGGCCCCAAUUAGCUUUAAAACUUUAAAAUACAGCCCGAGGAUGGACCUGGGACACUACACUGGUCCCUUACCGAGCCUCGGUUUCCCGUCUGGUUGGAAGGCUGGGAGGAGUUGGGGGAUGAUCUCGGGAGCCUGACUAAGGAUUCUGGGCUCUCUCUGGCACCACCACCCAGCCCUUUCCCUCCCAUGCCAUUAGCAUAGAUUAUAUUAUAUAUCCUCAGCCCAAACCCCAUUUUUCAGAACAGGAAACAGUCCUAGCAGGAGGAGUGACCUCUUCAGGGUCUCCAGCCCCCAGCACAAGGCAGAGCUUGAUGAAAACUUUGGUCGAGUCUCAGGGCCAGUUACCAUUUAGAGCCUCUGUGCUGGGGCCCCAUGCAGUGCCCUUGGGGGCUAAGGAAGGGCUGCUCAGAGAAGCUGAUCAGCACCCCAUGAGGGAUGGUCCCUCCAGAGAAUGAUCACUGCUGUGAGCAGCAGAGGUUACAUCCCCAAACCCACUCAGGGAGAAGUGGCAGAGGGCAGGUUCUACACCAGGCACAGGGCAUGGGGAGGGGAAUGGGAGGGUGGGGGAUGUGGAGAAAAGGGAGCCUGGACCCUGGGCUCCAUGGGCCACUCCAGGAUGGAACAUGGCCCCUCUUUCCUGGACUUGUACCAGUUCCUCUAAGACUUACCAAUAGGCCCAUCUGCCCCAGCCCCUCCCUGAUCUACCCUGCCAGCUGCCUGGGACCCCAGCUGAUCUCCAGCUCCUGCCCCCACCCACCAAGGCCUCUCUCCCAUCCUCUGAGGUGUCUAUGUGCACCCCGCCUCCAUCUCACCCCCCAUGGGCAGACCCAGCCUCCCCUAGCUCCCCAGACAUUCCAGAAUCCCCCACACCAUUGGCACAAGGAGUGGGGCACCCCCGGAAGGAACCAGGGGUUAAGGCUGGGGAGAGUGAGAUGGAGAGAAUGGAGACCCCAUAUUUCUCCUCUAGCAAGGAUUGAUAGUGCGUGAUGAUACAAUGUCGGGCACUGGGGGCUAAGGAGGACCCUGUUCCUCAUGCCGCCACUGCCCAACCUUCUCCCAAUAAUCGUGGCAUGCACCCUUUCCUAUUCCCUGCCCCCUGCCCCCAGCAAGCCAGCACUGCAGUUUGGGUGCUGGUGGCGUGGCUGGAGGGGAGGUGAGACCACACCCAAGGUGGGGUGGUGGCUGUGAAUGUCAGUGAUACUACUUGUUCUCCUGAUCCGUGGUGUUGCAGUCUGUCGUCACCAGCCUUGUUUUUAGUGUGUAUAUAUGUCGCCCCCGUGAUGCAUAUAUACACAGGUAUUAAAUAUAUCGCUCUAUAUAAUAUUAUAUAUGUGUGUGGUAUCCAAGGAAUCACUUCUAAUGAGGGCUAAAGAUAAAGAAUUUGGCCAGAAAUGCAGCCAUCCUUGUGUGAUUAGGACGGUUUUUCAGGGUCCCCGGACUGUUUGCAAGGAGACAGGGACUGGAGCCAUGGUUCUGAGGUGGUGUGGGCAGUAGGAGUGGCUGCAGCCCCCACCUGCACCCUGCCCGUCUGCUUGUUUCCCAGACCACCCCUGUCUAAUAUUUCUCUCACCCCCAAAGCCUAAGGGGGAGGAGUUCAGAGAUUUUCAUCUUCAGCCAGUUAUCUUUCCAGGGGCUUUUGAGAUCUUGGGGCUCCCUGACCUGGCCAGAGCUGCACCCCCACAGGGUGGGGAAGAGAGUGGGAGGCGGGGCAGGGGUGGGGGUGCAGAAAAUGCUUUUAAUGAUGAGGGUAACUAUUUCAAACAUGACCCCUCCAGGGCCCCUAGCUGGGAGACUCAGAGUUCAGUCUGGGCCCAUGCCCACCGAAGCAGACAGGGAUAAGAUGGCAUGGUGGACAUGGGGCCUGCGUGGGAGGGAGAGGGAUGCUGCAUUUCUCAGCUGGGCAGUAAUCAAUUUAAUGGUCCUUUUAAAAUGUCUGUGUAUUAAAUUUUAAGAAUACCACACUUUAAUAUUAAAUAUCAUAAGGUCUAGUAUCUUGAUAAUAAUGUAGAUGUUUUAAUAACAAUUUUUGUCCUUCUUAAAAUAAAAUGAAAGAAACUUGCUUAUUUUAGCCUUUGUUCUAGAAAAUAAAUGUGUGUCCUUUGAACCCUGUC